UGUAAUUACGAGACACUUGUUAUGCGGGCAGCUAUUCCUCGUAUAAAUACGCCAUGUUUGCUGGCUAAAAACGACUCAGAUCCAAGCUGGAGACCCCAACCAUCACAUCAUCAUGUAAAGUAGCUCCGGGUGCUGGGGCAGGGCGGUGGUUGCUUCUUUCUCACCAGCAAUGUGCCGGCAUCGGGAUUGGAAACAUCGUCGCCUGAAAACCCACCUUCCCUUCGUAUCCAGACCUACAGGCAUUUAUUAGUACCACGCAGAAAAACUCCCUUACAACGCCUACAUAUUAUUAUCACCAAUUCCCUGAUUACUAUCCACAUCAUCGUCAUUCAAAAUGGCGACCACUGCCCCACCGCUGCACGAUGGAUGCGAGGAUGCUUGGUCGUGGAGUUCGACCGACAAAUCCCACGAAGUGAAAGUCCACGGUAGCCGAAACGAGACCGCAUUGUUCCACCCCAACUGGUCCAACGGUACGGCAGGGGUACGGGGCAACAGAGUGCUGAAUUGGGGCCGGUUUUAUUGGGAGGUUCGAUUAUCCCAUCGUGUAUUUGGCACUAGUAUGAUGUUCGGAAUCGGAACGAGGAGGACGAGACUACACAUUGAUGAGUUUAUCAACAUGCUAGGAGAGGAUGAUCAGAGCUGGGGGUUAUCCCACAAAGGGCUGCUAUGGCACGGGGGUACCUCGACACCAUUUACGGACCCCUUCCCAGAGAAACAAGCCACCACCAUUGGUCUUCUAUUCGAUGGUAUUAAAGGCACCUUGACGUAUUACAAAGAUGGGAAAUGUCUUGGGGAGGCCUUUACUGGAUUGAACAGCAGUAGUUCAGAACUCUACCCCUUUGUUUGUUCCACGGCAGCUAAGACUGAGAUGACCCUGGAUAGUUUGAGACGAGGGAUGGUCUCCUUAGAAGAUAGAUGCUGUGUUACCAUCGCAACGCAUCUAAAGAGUGAGACAGAGGCAAGAGGGCUGCUCCUACCGUCCAUGCUCAAGAAAAACAUUGUACGUGAGUGUUCUAGACAGUCCAAUUGUAACUCGCCCAUGGCGCAUCUCAAAUCACCAUGCAGUGUCACAUGAAGUGACGACUGCAAAUUUCCCAACAAUAGUAAAACAAAACUAUAGCAUUUUUCAUUUUCGCAGAAGAUGGAUACGUUUCGCAUGUACAUAUGAGUGAACUAUUCUUCAUUACUAAAAAGCAUUCAACUGGUGGUUUUAAGUACAACAUUUCCCAUGGCCAUCUUCCAACACGCCGUUGUUAUCAUAUCCCAAAAAACUCACUCGUGAACAACCAUAACAAUGACAAAUUUAUGAGAACCGGCAAUUCACCAAUUGCAGCCGCCAUCUUAAUAUCCAUCUGUGGUGUGUUUUCAUACGUGGGCAACAUCUGUCAUCUAAAACAUGUAAAGCAAAUCAGUGAAGAGAAACAAACAACAACAAAGAAACUCCAAACCAGUCGAUUCGUCCAACACGCGAGCACGGACUCCUCGCCUGGCGAUUCAUCAAAGUGUAAUAUUUGGGAUCGAUCUUGUGAACUACGUGAUGUCCUUUGUCAUUUUGGAGUCCUCAUCAUGUCAAGAAAGUUAACGUUUUAACAACCACAACAUAAGCUCCAUUUGGAAAACACCAUUCUUCAGUGUCAUUCCAUUUGUAUGUACACUCACUUUUAGAAAUAAAAUUAUGAAUUUAAGCAUGUGUAGUCACGACCUGGUUUGCUUAUGAUCAUUACAUCCAAGACAAUUUCUCCCAGCAACGAGAUGUUCUUUGUUCCUCUAGACAUCAGCAUGGCAACAGACGGUCGUAUUCCCAUGGUAACCCAGCUACAUCUGUACCCGCCGCAUGAACUCGUUGUAGGCAGCCAAUCAAACGCCACCGUCCAACUCUUUUGUCACAAGUGGUAAUUUUGUACAAAAUAUUAAAUAUUAAAAGAAAGACUAGAACGCAGAGAGCAUAGUGGUCACGACACCACUCUGUUAUCGAACCCUCGAAUCGUGCCCGAACACCGAAAAAGGUUUUUGUUUUUAGGAGGUUUUUUUUUUAUAAUGUGAAAUGAAGCCCUACGGGAGGAGUGUCGAUGGAACACCGAGACACAGACAAGUCACCGAGUGACUCCCAAGGAUCCCCCGAGUCCAGAGCACAUGUGUCCCGCUGGACCUCCGCAGGCGACCGGGUACUGUCAACACCAGGACGGGUGCUGCUUGCUGGGGAAAGAUGCCCUACGAUUGGUGGAUGGAGGGGGGGGGGUCCGAGUCGGCAAACUAAUAUUGGAGAUGGACGAGAGAGGACAAGAUGCUGGUCACUGAUGCAUGAGGACAAAGGAAAUCUGAUGGUGGUCACUGAUGCAUGAGGACAAAGGAAAUCUGUUUCAGAUAAAGUAGGUUCAUUAGUAAAAUAUCUGUAUUUCUUACGAACAUAAAACUCACUUAAUAUCUGCAUAGUUUAGAGACAAGGCCGUUGAACAUAAAACUCACUUAAUAUCUGCAUAGUUUAGAGACAAGGCCGUUGAACAUAAAACUCACUUAAUAUCUGCAUAGUUUAGAGACAAGGCCGUUGAACAUAAAACUCACUUAAUAUCUGCAUAGUUUAGAGACAAGGCCGUUGAACAUAAAACUCACUUAAUAUCUGCAUAGUUUAGAGACAAGGCCGUUGAACACAACGGAAACGUGUCCACGCUAAACCAUCGGAUUAAGCAAAAGAUUUUCGAAACAUCAAUGAAAUUAAAUUUCCUGCUUUUCUGUUGAGGACCAUGUAAACAAAAAUUGUAUUUAAUAUGAACAAAUUAAUUUGAAUUAUACUAAAAACCCAAUUUACCCCCUAAAAACACAGGCACCAGCAAAAAAAACACAAAAAAAAAACAAUAAAAAAAAAACAAUAAAACUUUUCUAAUGUAUCAUCUUCUUCUAAACUGAAUUUUCAUUCAUGUGUUUUAAAAACAUAACAAUGAAAUAUUUUUUAUUAUUAACUUAUACAAAUUUUACUAUUUUGACCUGAGCUAGAUAGAAUGUGCGAAGGUCAAAAGUGUUCAACCAACAACUCAUAUCAAUGACUAAAGUAGAUUUAUACGACUGUUGUAUAACUUAAUAUUUAUUGCGGAUUCGUGUAAAUAAUUGAAAGUUUGUCUUGAACAAUUUGCAUAUUCUGUACACCAAACUCCACGUGUUCAUCAACAACUCAUUGUUACAAUGUAGAUGUAGAUUACAAUGAUAUUGUGUCUGAAGAGUAAGAUCGAGUGUUAUUUUUAGCUGAAAUGUUUUUCAUUUGUUGACGGCUGUUUUAUACUACUGUUUUAAGUGCAACUAAAAGCAUUCAUCCUCCUCAUUGUUUCCAGCUUCUCUUUGUGAAAACUAGUAUCAUGAUGAGUUAGUUUUUGUUCAUUUUCACGAACAUUUUGUGAAUUUUAGUCAUGCCCAUUGCGUAACUAAUUCUGUGAAACUUCAGAUUAAUCACAAAAGCUGUCAUUUAUCAGUGAACAAAAUGCAGUUUGAAUUGUUGUCAUAUUUAUGGGUCAGCGUAGAGGGAUGGAAAGCCAAGAUGUAUCAUACUCUGACUACGGCUUUGGUUUACGGUUCCAUCUGCCAUUACAAAGUCAUGUUCCUGAGUUUUAAUAGGAUAGAUACAGUACUAGACCACAGCCGAAGCACUUGGAGAAAGAGGGCUAUAAUGAUUUAAGAUCAAUGUAAAUAAUAUGUAAGAUAUGUUAUUUGUUUUGUCUGUGUAUCACGAGGCAGCGUUACCAUUACCAGUCUGGAACCUGCACUCACAAUGUUCGAGCAAUCAACUCAAAGUAGUCUUAGUUUGACAACAAAAUAUGAACAAAUAUAAAGAAGUAUUUUAAAAUAUCAUUCAACAAUUUAAAAUGAAAAACACAAAUUUCGAAUGGCUGUUUGAUGUGUUGCAUCACAUUAUAAAGCCAUACAAAAAGAAAACAUGUUUAGCAUUCUUCCUUUUUGAAAAAAAGGGAAGGAGAGUGCUAAACAUGUUUUAUGUUUAUGUGGACUUAUUGGAACAGCAUUAUUUGAAUCUAUAGAGAGUCUGUGUAGAGAUUAUAAAUAGUCACAUACUGCCUAUGUAUCGAGUGCGUCUGCUUACAUAAACCAGACAUACUUUAAACCCGCUCAAACGCUGCCUAUAACCUAAGUAGAGUUAACUAGCAACUAGUUAAUCGUAGUUAAGACUUCUUAUACCAUUGGUUGAAGGAACACGGUUUAGUUACUCGGUUUAGGGAAUUUAUCUGAAUCGUUAAUUUUGAAUGGAGUAUAACAUGUUCCAACUGCUCUAACUUCUCAAACAUUGACGGUUUUCAGAGUUAAAAGAAGAAA